AUGGAGGCUGUUGGCGUCGUCGCCAACGUCAUAGCCGUCGUUGAUCUCUCCGUAAAACUCGGAACCGUCUGUGGCGAAUACAUAAACAAAGCUCGCAAGGCAAAAGAAGACGCCCAAAGACUCAAAGAGGAGAGCGAGGCCCUUGCCCGGAUUAUUGGCCAGGUCCGAGACCUUCUCGGGGACGCAAGCACGGAAAAGAGCCAUACGAGACAGCUCAACGCCUCUGAAACGUUUCGUCAGGAUGUAGAACGAUGCGAGAAGAUGCUAUUCGAGUUGACAGAGAGACUUGACCCGGGCAAGAAUCCCAGCCGGAUGAGAAUGAUCGGAAAAUCACUCAAAUGGCCGUUCACAAGCACUGAAGUGUCUCAGAACAUUGACAGUUUACGCCACUGGAGGGACUGUUUCUUAGCAGCCUUGCAGGUAGAUCACAUGCAUCUCGCGCUUCAGCGUGAAGACGUACAGGACAUCAAAAGUCUUCCCAGUGCCCCAGGCGCCGCUUUCGAUUCUUACGAUAAUGGUUCAACGCGAGUUUGUCAUCAAGACACAAGACAAGACCUCCUUCGCGACAUUUUGGAGUGGGCGGACGACCCGAACGGAAGGUGCAUCUUCUGGUUGCGCGGCCCGGCAGGCACUGGAAAAUCCACCAUAUCAAAGACAGUUGCACAGAUGUUUGCCGACAGAGGUCAACUUGCUGCAAGCUUCUUCUUCAACAGAACCCGAGAGGGCCGCAACACGGCCAAACUGUUCGUUACAACAGUCGCAAGACAAAUCGCUGGAAGGGUUCCAACUCUCAAGAACCUUAUCCUAGGAGCCAUCAAUGAAGACCAGGACUUGCCGGAUAAGUCCCUGGAGGCUCAAUUCUCCAAGCUGAUACUGGAGCCACUUAGUCGUGUCGAACUAUCCGGCGUCACCUUUCCUACCCUGAUUCUGGUCGUCGAUGCUUUGGAUGAGUGCGGUUUCGAGCAUCGUUCGCAAGUUGAUGAGAGUCUGGAAAGCAGCCGACUAAUUAUCAAAAUACUUUCCAGACUAGCUACAGUAUGCAACAUCAAUGCUAGAAUCUUCUUAACUAGUCGACCCGAGGUCCCCAUCCGGCUGGGGUUCCUCGAGGAUGUGCCAACCGGUUCUCAUCAAGACGUGGCACUGCACGACAUACCCGAGCCCGUCAUCGAGCACGAUAUUCGGGCAUUCAUAGAGAGUGAACUAGAGGCUAUACGUGUGUCUCACGCAAUUGCUCGAGACUGGCCGGGUAACGAUGUCUUGACACAGGUCGUCAAAGCCUCUGUUCCACUUUUCAUCUACGCAUCAACCAUUUGUAAAUUCAUCGACGACAGAAGACGAAGAUUUAGACCCCAAGCACAGUUAGAUAAGGUCCUGCGUCAAAGCGAAGGCUUUCGGACUGGUAUUGAAAUCACAUAUAGGCCAAUACUGGAUCAACUGGUAGAGGAUCUGGAAGGAUUCGAACGCAACGAGCUACUCGCACGGUUUCGCAAGGUCGUAGGCGCCAUCAUAUUGUUAGCGGAUCCACUCUCAAUCACUUCCCUUGGAGAGCUCUUGGGUAUCGAGAACGACGAGAUCCGCUACCUGUUGAACAGCCUCCACUCCGUCCUGGAUGUGCCUGAGGAUGACCAGCCAGAACACUCAGUCAGGCUUUUCCAUUUGUCAUUCCGAGAGUAUCUGUUACAGCCCCACUCCAGCGGCGAUCAAACUUUCUGGAUAGACGAAAAGUCUACACACAAGGACCUUUUCGCCUGUUGCCUGCAAUUUAUGGUUGAUCAAUCCGGCUUUGGGUUGAGAAACGAUCUUUGCCGACUGGAUGACCCGGGAGUUCGAAGAGACGAGAUCCCUCGCGAAAGGAUAUACCAGCACAUCCCUCGGUCUCUCGAAUACGCAUGUCGCUACUGGGUCAUGCACCUCGGAGAGUCCGGUAGUGGAAUACAUGUCCAGGACGCCCAUGAGUUCCUUACACGAUACCUGCUCUAUUGGUUCGAAGCAAUGAGUUGGAUGAAUCUCCUUCACCAGGCACCCAGAGAUUUGCUUAUUCUCGAAGGCAUAUUCUCCAGCUAUGAAGAUAGUAUGCAGUCAGAAGCCUUGCUAUUUUUGAGAGAUGCCCGACGUUUUCUCGUCGAGAAGCACCACGCUAUAAAUCUCGCACCAUGCCAAGUCUAUGUGUCAGCUUUGCUCUUUGCACCAAAGGCUUCCUUGGUCAGGCAGAAAUUUCAAUGUGAAGUUCCAGACUGGAUUGUCAAGAUGCCAGAAGUUGCCGAAGACUGGGACUCCACAAGCCGAACUCUUCACCAGUACAAGUCAGUCGUGAAAGCUAUGGCCUGGUCUCAUGACGGACAGUACAUUUCUGUCGUCACCUUUGAUGAGAUUGAUGUCUGGAAUGCUUCUUCUGGAACCCUGGAAAGGAGUAGAGAGAUGACCCAGAUCAAUUGCAUCACCUUCACGCCAUGCGGGACGAUUGCUAUUGGCUUCGCAUCAGGUGUAAUCCUUCUCUGGGAUUGGUUAGUGCGCUCAGAAACGACGUUUUCCAUCGGAGAUGAAGACUAUCAUGUCUUUUACUUGUCAGCGGCAACGACCGGCAAAAUUGUCUGUGCAACGAGUGAUGGUAGGGUUUAUCUAAUGAGCGAGACAUUCAAUGUCAUUCACAGUUGGUAUACCUACUGGGAUCCCCGCCCGGACGACUUCAAGACUAGAUACUUGGGCAUUGGCCUCGAACGGGUCGGUCGGGUUCACUUUUCUCACAAUGGGGAGUUCAUAGCUCUCAUUGACAACGAGCAUUCAAAUUCGAUUAGCGUUUACGGUGCGGAAUCACUCAGGCUCAUCCAUCGUGUUUCAGCUCCAGAACACCAUAUCUUCUUUCAGGUCACAACAUCAGAUGGAGGCCUCCUACUUGCAACGGUUGGAUCGUUCAAGAAAGACCAGCUCUUCGAUGAAAUUAUCACGGACGCCUUUGUAUGGGACCUCAACAAGAUGGACGGCCCAGCAUCGCAGGAUGCCCCACUUGUCAUUGAUUCAGGCCGCUGUAUAAGUCCGACAGUGUUCCUAAAGAAGGUGGAUGUCCACGAACACGUCUAUUUGCCCUUAACGUCUCCAACGGAGUAA